AUCCUCUUCGUGUGGUUGACCGCCCAGGUCAACUUCUUGAUCCCAGCGUUGAACACGAUCUCCGACCUCUGCCAACUCCGUCAGAGUGUCGCUGGAGUCACUUUUCUCGCCUUCGGCAACGGUUGUGCCGACCUCUUCAGCAUGCUGGCGGCCACGUUGAGCGGGCCUUAUGGAAUGGAGCUGGCAGUCGGGGAGGUGCUGGGAAACGGCAUGUUUGUGUUCUGCGCCGUUCAAGGCAUCAUCGCGAUCCUGUCGCCCUUCAAGAUGCACAGCGGGGAGUACGUGAGAGACUGUCUCUUCUACACCAUCUCAAUCUUCUUCACCAUGAUCAUCCUGGUGGACAAAAAGAUCGACUUCUACGAAGGGGUCGCAUGCAUCCUCAUCUACGUCUGCUACGUGCUCACCGUCCUCUACUUU